AUGGAGAACGCUGCGUCUCGUUUCGGUCAGCACCUUGCGCAUACAGAAAAAAAGUAUCGUGACCGUGCUUUAAAAAAAUUGACAGUGUACUUAACAAAGAAGAAAGAGUGGACGAAUCUGGAAUGGGACAAGCUAUGGAAAGCGCUGUUCUACUGCAUGUGGAUGAGCGAUAAGCGACCUGUUCAGGAAGAACUUUCCUCCAAUUUGGCUGCACUAGUGCACCACAUCCCUAGCACCGAAUCGGCGCUGGCGUUCGUGCGCUCUUUUUUUCGGACCAUGCAAAGGGAGUGGCACGGACUGGACGGUCUUCGUCUGGACAAGUUUUAUUCGCUCGUACGCAAGUUUGUGCGUGAGGCAGUGGCGUUGCUUCGUGUGCAGGACUGGAACGAGACGUUGGUGCAAGAGCUUGCUGAUAUCUUGUCGACUGAGGUUGUGAGUCAAUUGCCCAACGGACCACGUAUGCACUUGGCCGAUCUGUACUUGACGGAAAUCUACAAUGCCGCGGGCAAGGAUAUUGUGUCGGAGGCUUUUGUGACAUUGCUGGAGCCGUUCUUUACAUUGUUAAACAGCGAGUAUGAUAAGACGGUGUUUAAGCGUGUGCGGGAGUUGGUGUUUGACGAGAUACUGAGCAAGUAUAAGUUUGGACCUCAGACGAAGACAGGCGAGGAAGAAGAAAAAGAGGAGACGGAUAUGGAAGAGGACGAGGAGGAAGAGCACAAGGUGUUCGAAAAGGUGGAGUUGGCGCUGGUGCAGCAUCGCAUCUUUGCCAUUGCAUCAGCGGACGCUACGAUCGAACGCAACCGCUCAGCGCUCUACACGUUGUACAAGAAAUUUUUUGCUAUUACGCGCGUCGACUCUUUCCAGGCUGCGCAGAAAGAGGCUGAUAAGCCUAAGAAAAAGACUGUGAAAAUCGAGAAGAAGCAUAAGGAAGAGAACUCGGCCGCUAUCGAAACUAUAAAGAAAUUUGCGAAGAACGAGAAGGCUUGUGCUAAGAAUGUGCAAUUGAAGAAGCGAAGGAUUCAGACGGAAGCCAAGGUGGAUGCAGAGGCUGAGAUCAAGAAGAUUGAAUUCGUGAAGGAGGAAAAGGAGGAGGCAGCUUCCCCGAAAAAGAAAGCAACAAAGCAGAAGAUUGCGAUGGAGACGAAGGUUGAGAAAAUCGAAAUGAUGAAGUUACCUGCUGAGAUCAAAAAGGGUAAGAAGAAACAGAAGAUGGUGAAGCUGGAGGUGAAGGAAAUGGAGACGAAGCUGGUGGAGAAGGAAUCUUCUACAUCUGUAAAGGACAAGAAAUCGGCAAAGGAGCAGACUAAACUGAAGAAGGAAAAUUUUGAAACGAAGAAGGAGCCUGACGUGACGGUAACUACGAGCGGUAAGAAAUUUAAGCGUUGUGGCUCGUGUGGCGGCUAUGGCAAGAAUUUGGUGCCGAACGACAAGAACCUCUGUGGCCACUGCGAACACAUUCGAAAGGCAGGAAAGAAGAAGGCAGCGUCGGCUUCGAAGAAGCGGAAGGCCGAGUCACAGGCUCAGGCUACACGAGAAGAGAAGGAGAAUGCAGAGUCGAACAAGAAAGUCACGUUUGGCAAGAGUAAGGCUUUGCCACACACUGUGUCGAUUAAGCGACUCAAAGCCUCAGCUAAGCGAAUUGCGGUGUCGAGGAAUAUGGACAAUUUCAAGGGCGUACUGAAGAUGACUACACAGUUGCCAGUUCCAUUGAAGAAGUUGAAAACGAAAAAGAUGAGCAAGGGACGGAAAGCAGCUGUGGAAUUGUUUUAG